AGCGGAUUCCUGACUUGGGAACUACGACUCCCGGCAUCCCCUGCGUCCCAGCGCAUGCGGGAAAAAUGGGGGACGAGGAGGAGAAGCAGCAGCCGCGCGUGUUGCAGAUGGUACGAGCUGAGGGGUCAGACAAGAGCUGUGUCACGUUUGUGCUCCACAAUGAGGACCACACCCUUGGCAACUCUCUGAGAUACAUGAUCAUGAAAAACCCUGAAGUUGAGUUUUGCGGCUACAGCAUUACUCACCCCUCUGAAAGCAAAAUCAACUUCCGCGUCCAGACCAGAGGGGGCCUACCUGCGGUGGAGGCGUUCCAGAAGGGACUGGAGGACCUUAUGGGUGUCUGCCAGCAUGUACUUAGCACAUUCAAGGCAAGCGUAGAAGAAUACAAGACCAAGAACGACGAGACUAUGGAAUAGCACGGCGACACCAACGUAAUGGGUAAACCUCUGCACAGAGUAACUGGUUUGGGGACUAUGACUUAUUAAAAGACAUUUUAUUUUUUAAAA